CGGUUCGUUUGUGAACUUCACAACUCUAGUCUCGUCUAGGUCGAAGCGAAGGCAGCGAAACAUGGCAGCUCCUGGAACAAAGUCAAGAUUAUUCCGUUGUGUAAAAAGUAUAUUGUAUGCAUUACUAUUUAUUACUAUAUCAAUCCUUACUAUAGCCACUUUGAGGACCUUUUCUCUAAAUGUCAACGUUGGACUUCAACUCGCCGACUGGGAAAAGACAAACCAAAUCCGAUUUGACAUUAGCCAGCGCCAGAGAGAAGAGGUUUUUACGAAUUUUAAAGAGGCUAUCCGGAUCCCCACAGUUUCCUACUCGCCGACAGACAUCAACGCCACCGCGCUUCAUGAAUUCAGCAGGCUAUUACGGAAAGCUUUCCCAACAGUGUUCAGUUCAAGCCUGGUUCAACAUGAGGUGGUGGCCGACUACAGCCACCUGUUCACGGUGCAGGGCUCACAGCCUGACCUGGUCCCCUACAUGCUGCUGGCCCAUAUCGAUGUGGUGCCUGCCUCAGAGUCUGAUGGCUGGGACGCUCCUCCAUUCUCUGCUAAAGAAAUAGACAACUUCAUCUACGGUAGAGGGACCCUUGACGACAAGGAGUGUGUGAUGGGUAUUUUACAGGCUCUGGAGUAUUUACUCUUGAAAGGCUACAGACCAAAGAGAGGAUUUUACAUUGGGCUUGGACAUGAUGAAGAAGUGUCGGGUUUGAACGGGGCUUUGAACAUUGUGCGGUUGCUGAAGCAGCGCAACGUUCAUCUGUCCUUCCUCCUGGAUGAGGGACUACUGGUGAUAGAUGGAGUCAUGAAGGGUCUCGAUGGACCCGCCGCUCUAAUAGGGGUGAGUGAGAAGGGCAGUGCCACUGUAAAGCUCAGUGUGACCAGCGCCCCGGGUCACUCCUCGAUGCCUCCAAGAGAGAGUAGCAUUGGUAUUCUGGCUGCAGCCGUCAAAAGGCUGGAGGACAAUCCCAUGCCCAUGUUGUUUGGCCAGGGCCCUGAGCGGGGUACAUUUGAACACCUGGCCCACAAGUUCAUUUUCCCGAUACGUUUUUUGGCAUCGAACCUGUGGCUGUUUGCACCGAUUGUUGGCAGACUAUUGGCGUUAAAACCCGAAACCAAUGCUUUUUCGAGGACUACCACUGCUGUGACCAUGUUUAAUGCUGGGGUGAAGGUUAACGUGCUCCCUUCUGUUGCUGAAGCCUAUGUCAAUUUCCGGAUCCAUUCGGCUCAGUCAUUACAAGAGGUUCUGGACCUGGUUGAUUCAACGGUAGGGGACCAGCGUGUUAAGGUAGAGGUGGUGGAUGGCUUUGACCCCCUGCCCGUCAGCUCCUACAGUGAGACCUCGUAUGGCUUUCAGAUCAUCAAGAAGAGCAUACUGGAUGUAUUCCCACAACUAACAGUUGCGCCUGGUAUCUGUGUAGCCAACACAGACAGUCGUCACUUCAAAGAUCUGGUCGCCGAUAUUUAUCGCUUUAUUCCGAUCUGGGCUAAAGCAGGGGAUGCUCAGAGGAUUCAUGGCAUCAAUGAGAGAAUAUCCAAAAAAAACUAUGAGGACAUAGUAGGAUUUUACUUCACUUUGAUUCAAAACUGUGACGUUAAGGAGCUGCCGGAAACUCACAGUGGGGUUCAUGAGUUCUGAUGGACAUGGUUUGCUAUGGGAACGUUUGCUAUCAGAAUGUGCACAAUACUGCUGGGAAUAUUUCUUCAUUUUUUAUUGUGACAUUUUGUGGUGAAAAUAUUGUGUUGAAUUUGCUCUGCUGUGAUGGUUUAGCAUGAGACCUUGUCAGAAAGUUGCAAAUACAUUGGUUAUUGAUCUUACAUGUCGACCCAAAAUGCAUUUCAUGCCUUGUGCAAUAUGAUACCAAAUGAUUUCACUCUGUGGUACUUUAUUCUGAUUCUAAGUAAGCUAUUUCCUUGAGUCAUUAAGCAGAGUCAAUAAGCUAGUCAUUUUAUUUGGAAAUUGACCUUAAGAAAAUGUAUUUUAUUCAACCAAUAUAAUAACAGUAUAAAAAGAGUUAAAUUGUUUACACACAGGAAUUUUAAGCCUUCCUCAUUCUUGAUGCUGAUUUAUAGCCUUGUGAAUGCUUUUACCUUUUCACUUAAUUUUGUAAGCUGUGAAUUGUUUUUUCUAAUACACUGAAAAUGAACAGCUAUGGCAAGAGCAUGCCGACUAAUAAAUGAAUGAAAUGAAAUGAAGCCAUGCCUUAAACUCUUUAUUUUAUUAUUGUUUAAACAGUUGGUACAAUACAUUGGCAGACUGCUGGAAAGGACUUUGCUUCAGGGCCAGUCACAGCAUUUACAACCUCCUCUGAAGACCAAGCCCUGAGGGCAGUUCUGAACCCAGGUAAUGUCAUUAGCACAGUUGUAGAAUGACCCUGGGGCGUCAGGCUUAACGUACAGUCCACCUGGUUUACCAGAACAGAAAUCAUCUGUAGGUCCCCUUGCGGGAGGUCCCCUAGUGGGCCCCCCUGCAGAGGGUCCCUGUGCAGUGGGUUGCCUUGCGGGGGGUCCCCUAGUGGGUUGUGGAGAGGCGUUUGUAGGUAGAAGGGUGGGAUCUGAAUGAAAAAUAAUUGUUUUGUAUUUAUUUAAUAUUCAAAUAAAACAUAAAUUCUAUUAUGACACUAAAUACAUAUGAAUAUGUUACCUGAAUGCAAGACAGAGCGCAGGUAGCUGAUCAAGGAGUAGUUUCCUUGUCUGCAGAAUUCUCCUUUGAAGUCAUCCAGAUCUAGAGCCCAGAUGAACGUCCCUCCAAAGCCAUUGGCUUUUAGGUACUGGACCUUGGCAAAACGAAAAAAUUAUAUUACUAAUUGUCAAUUACUGGUGGUAAAAAGGGGACCUCUUAAAUUAUAUAAUAUACAGCGUGGUAGUCUAGAGAGGGGUCAUAGAUAGAUUGAACAGAUCAUUACUUUGCUCCCAAAGCUGUCCUUAUUGUCAUAUCCGACCCACUCCGCUCCUUUGGUGGCAUAUGGAACCUGCUGAUCAUCUAGCCACCGGACCGCACCUUGCUGGAUAAAAGGGCAAAUCUAAAAAAAAAAAAGUUAAGGAAAAAAAAAAGUUAAGGAACGUCACACGAAACACUUUUCUAAGCUGAUCAAAUGAAUGUAGGUGGUAUUACACCGCAUCUACAGGAAAUGCUUUAUUUCCUGGUUGGAUAUCCUAUGCAUCCAACUGUACCUCAUAGUAAGACCAGAAGCCAGCCUCUCUUGUGUAAGGGCCUGCAGCAGCGGGCCCGUUGGCUGGGGCUCCGGACUCACUGAGUGGAGACGACAGGUGGAAGGCUCGGCCGUAGGUAGCCAGACCCAAAUUCAGUUUGGCUGCAGGCGCUCCCUGAUCCCGCCAGUACUUCAUGGCAAAGUCCUGUCGGAGAAAAGCAAACACGGCUUGGAGAUAGUGAGGAUGCCUCAAAGUGCAGGGAUACAUGUAUUCAGUCAAUGUUACACUUACUGUGUUGAAUUGAGCAGCUUCUCCUGUCUCAUGCGUCCCCUUGUACAGCGGGCUUUGAUGUGCUACUUUGCUCUCCCCACUAGUAUGAAAGUCAUAGGUCAUAACGUUGAUGAAGUCCAAGUACCUUAAAAAAUAAAGCAAUUGAAGACCCAUUAAUUUCACCACAUAGCCUUUUCUUUUAAGGGGAAAUAUUUUCAAGGAAAAUAAAGGGUUUAUCUAUAGACCCUUUACUUCCCCUUAAAUCCCUUUCUUACUCUUCAUAUACCUCGAGAUCUCUGCUAUUUCAUAUCCACCAUCAAUUGUAUCUUUCCCAGCAGCUACAGCAGCAGUAAGCAUCCGUCUGGGACGGCCUGUGGCUGUGGCCUCUGCUUCAUAAGCCUCCAUUAGUUCCUGAACAAACCAAAGCACUUUUUGACAUGAUUGAAAUUAACAUUGUUUAUUUCGAUAGUGGGCCAAAUGCUAGGCGGAUAGACGAUCCUCAGUUGUUGCGUUAUCCCGGUCUACCGCAACGCCAUUUCCUAUGAGACGUUUACGCCAGUUGAUUGUCCCUGGACCGAAAUCAAUAAGGCCCAGACAAGAAUAACAACAACUAAGACAAGGAGAAUGAAUAAAAACUAGAAAAUUAAUUGAAUGCAGAAAAUGUGGUGAGUGCUGUAUUGCAAACUA